AUGUACAACAACAAACAAAUAACAUUAUUCACUUUAUUACUUUCAUUGUUACUAGUGACAGUCUCAGUCCAGUUGGUCUCAGGACAACAAUGUGAAUCACAAUUAAAUAGUAAUUCAUUCUUUAUUCAACCUAAUCUAUGUGCAUGGACUGUUAGAACGGGACUAGUUGAACCACGUACCAUCCGUGUCAUGUCGAAUGGAGAUAUCUUGGUGUUGGAGAAACCACCUGCCAGUCAAAUAACUGUCAUGUUUGAUUCAAACAAGAACGGUGUGAUUGAUGGCAAUGAGAUUGCAGUACUUGCCAAACAAGCAAAUUUGAACCACGGUCUAACAGUUCAAGGUGCCUAUUUGUAUGCUACCACUCCAACCACUGUCUAUAGAUGGAAGUAUACACCAGGCAAUAGAACUAAUCUAGGUACACCAGAGACUGUAAUGACUGGUGUACCUGCCAACUCUCCCAAUAUUAUGAAUGGACAUUCCACUCGUACCAUUGAAUUUGUCAACAGUACCUCUGACGGUUUCUAUCUAAGUAUUGGUAGUGCAGAAAAUCUUGACGCUACAUCUAUUCGUUCACGUGUUGUCAAAUGCUCUUUUGACCUAUCUGCCAUUCCACAAGGUGGCUAUACGUACAGUCAAUGCACAGUAUUUGCCGACGGAUGUAGAAAUGAAGUUGGUCUACGUGUAGACUCUAAAGGUAGAUUAUGGGGUGUUGAAAAUGGUAUGGAUAAUCUAAAUAGAGCUGAUAUUGGUGGUGACAUUCAUAUGGAUAAUCCAUGUGAAGAAGUUAACAUAUUUACAAAUGAAGGAGGUUUUUAUGGAUACCCAUAUUGUUUUAGUGAAGGUAAAUUAGCAGCUCCUUACGGAAAAGGUAAUAGAACUCAAUGGGCCGUGAGUCUGACCGACACAACUCACACGGAUGUAUGGUGUGACAACUCUACCAAUGUUGGCAAACCAGUGUUUUGUAUGCCAGCCCAUGCUGCACCUCUUGACAUUAUGUUUAAUGAUCUUUCCACAUUCCCACCUCCACUCAACAGAGGUGUCUUGGUUUCACAUCAUGGAUCAUGGAAUAGAAAACCAACUGCUGGUUAUCAAGUAGUUGCAAUUGAUACUGAUCCAACUAGUGGACUUCCUAUUCAAGGAAGUUUAACCAAAGUGAUUGGAGUUCCAACUGAUGGAAAUGAAUGGAAUAUUAGACCUGUCAGUCUUGCCAUCCUUAGACCAUGUGGUGCCUAUACCGAAUGUUUAUUAUUCUCUGAUGAUAAUACUAAUUCAGUUUAUGCUGUUAGAUCAACAUUAAAUGAUAAUACUACAACUGGAUCAACAACAGGAUCAUCAUCUAUUACUACUCCAUCAUUAUCAUCAUCAUUGUUUAUUAUUAUGAUUGUAUUAUCUUGUUUGAUUUUCAUCAAUUAA